AGCAGUAUGGAGCUAAGCCUGUAUGGUUCGCAGAUCAGCCUAGCAACGCGCGAAAAGCCGAACAACACAAACCAAAGGGAGCGCCCCGGGUCGGCACUGCAGCAGCACAGCACCAACCGGCCAUACUCGGGGCCCGGACCCCACGCCAUCCGGCGUCCGCUUUCGGCCGACAGCACACAGUACGCGCGCCACCGGAAGCGCCCGUCGUCCUGCGGGAGCCCGAGUACCGGUAGCCGACUGACCUCCCCGUUCCACCAGCUCUCGAAGCGAAGCACCUCUUCGUCGAGUUUGCUGUUGAAACAUUUGCUCACCGAACCGACCUCACGCUACUGGGAAUCGAAAGUGCCCCCGAAGCUGGGUGGCCACGGACCGCCAGCAAACGCGGAACGUGUUGGCCAACUCCGCCGUCAGCAAACGCAAUCGUCCCUCAACUCCAAAAGCAAACCCCGCAAACGAUCGACGAGCGGUGGCGGUAGUAGCAAGCGGCCCCAGAAGCCAGACGAUCAUCGGAGUCGGCGGGCUAGACGUAGAAACAGUUCCGAGGAGGAGGAAGAGGAGGACGAGGAGGAACGAGAAAGCAGCAUGGACGAGAUGGACGAUACACAGGAGUCGAACAACGAGGCCGAACUGGAGGGCAUAUGGCGGGGUAAGCCGGCCGAGCGGGCGGCCGACAAGAAACGGUCAGCUCCGUUGCCGAUGGUCGCGGUACCGCUGCACCGGAAGCAAGGAUCGGGCACGGGAGCGAAGAAGAACAACAACGUGUCGCCGGAGAAGAAGGCCCGAAAGAUGGAUCUACCCGGCCGGGUCAGCUUCAGCUCGAACGAUCCGUACGAGAUCGAUUACAGUGACUUCGAGGAGAACGAAUUUCACAGUCUGCGGGCGAUGACGGUCCGGUUUGGUGGCGUUAAGUUUGAGGAUGACCUGACGACCAGUACGUCGGGCUACGACACAAAGUGUGACGAUGGUAAGGGAGCUCUGGCCAAGCAUGGCCAAGCGAGCCCACCGUCUUCCCAGGCCGUCUGUGGUGUGAGCGAAUCGAACCGAAUCAUCGAAGACUACAAGAAGGAAAUCGAGGACCUUAACCGACGGCACGAUAUGGAGCUACGGUUGGCGGUACACCGUCCCCCGGACGAGGACGACGCCGGAGUGCUGCUGAGUUCCGGAGCGAAACCGUACGAUCCGAAGUGUUUCACACCCUCGGAGACGCCCGAAGAUAUGUUCACGUCUUCCACGAAGGCCGCCGAGAGUACGACCGAAGACACGGACGUGGAGCUGGACCGGUCCUGUGACCGACGGCCAGCUAGACUGCUGGAGAAGAACGUCAUCAACGAGUACUACGAGUGUAUCAACGAGAUCAUCACCGAACAGUCGCCUUCGCGGCGCCCACAACGGACGCACCCGACAGACCCGACGCCACCGGAUGCCAAGGAGGUGGCCUCCAUUCAGCGCAACCUAAACAACGAAUCCUGCGCCAAGACCGGCCCCAAGGAGAAACAGUUCGGCGGUUCGUCAUCCUCCUCCGGAGGGUCACCGGGCGGCAAGUCGGGAAAGUCGGGCACGGGCGACAAAAACCGGCUGGACUCCGGCGCAAACCCGGUGAUCAAGAAUUACUUCAAGGUGAAGGAACAAAACAUUGUAUCCGAUAGCAGGAGCAGCUUGGCGAGUGGCAGCGCCGGCAGCAGCAAGUCCAUCGGGGGGCAGCCCAAAAAUGUGCUGCUUUCGAAAAGGAAUGCGAAAGAAAAGCCCAAGUCCGCCGACACGCACAAGUCCAUUCUGCGUAACGCCAAGAAGCAGAACAACGGUGCCAAUGGGACCGGCGGUGGCUCGCGGAAGUACUCCGUCGGUCUGUGUCGUGAGGAUAGCAACAUUUCCGAGUUUCACAUGGACAAAGUCGUCAGCUGGAUGUCCUGCAACGAGGACACGUUUCCGGUGAACACUGAUGUGACGGCCACGCUGGACGAGGGCCGCGACGAGCUGCCGCGUAAGAGUGCCACAAGGAUCAACAGUUCUCCGGUGACCACAGACACCACCGCCGAUACGUCCGAACGUCCACCACCGGCGUACAGUGCCACGUUUGCGGACGCCAACCGAGAUCCGGAGCGUCACGAGCAGGCCACUAUCAGUAGUGUGCAGUCGAACUUUGACGAGGAUUCGGUUGUCAGCAGCAGUGCCAAACAAAAGUCUGAUUUUCAAGCACUCAAGCACGAAGUCGAGUAUCGGCUGAGCAACAUUCUGGACUGCACCGACUCGCAGGCCAGCUCGGGCUGCGAAGGGGACCCCGCGGGCCAGCAGAAGAGCAAAGCAAAGGAUCUGUUCUCGUACCUCGACCAGGUGGAGCGAAAGUGCGGAAAGGUGGUCUACAAAGGCACCACCGGCAGCAGUGCGCUCGGACCCUCGGAUUCGGAGCGCUCGGAGAUGGAGUUUGCGGCCGAGCCGGACUACAUCGAGGCGGUGCCCAAAAUGACCGACCUUUUGGAGCUUCCACCGCAUCAGCUUGCCCGACGGGUGAUCAAACUGUCGCUCCGUGCCAACGAGCUUAGCAACGCGAUGCAACUGUCCAAGGAUCACAUCGCCAACGUCAAGGCGGACAAGGUGAAGGCAAUACGGACCGAAAAGUGUGCCCUGCAGGGGAAACUGAAAGAGCAGAAGAAGCACUACGAGGACAUUAUCGGCCGACACCAGGAGUUUAUCGAUCAGCUGAUCAAGGAUAAGUCCGGGCUGUGCGAGAAGGUAACGCAGCUGACGCGCCGGCUCGACUCGCAGAACCAAAGCUGGGAGCACCGGCUGAAGACGGAACUGGAGCGGGCCCGGGACACGGCGCUGGCGGCGGAAAAGAUUCGCCGCGAGAAGUGGGUCCGGGAGAACACGAAGAAAAUCAAAGAGCUCACCGUGAAGGGGCUCGAGCUGGAGAUCAACAAAAUGACCGCCACGCACCAGAAGGAGAUUGCCGAGCUGAAGCGCCAGCACAAGGACGAGCUGGUGUGUGCGCUCGGCGAGCUGAAGCUUCAGUACGAACAGAACGAGGCGGACGUUCGGGCAGGGUUGGUGAAGGAACGCGAGACGAUCCUCGAGCGCGAACGUCAGGCUCUGCUCGAACGCUUCGACCGGCAGGUCACGGAAGAGCGGACCAUUUUCGAGCAGCAACGCCAGCACCUGCUCAGCGAGUUCGACCUCGAGAAGGAACGGCUCCAGAAGGAGGCCGCCCGGAAGGCCCAGUACGCCGAGGCUCAGCUGGAGGAGCUGAAGCGCGAGAACAGCAAAAACCUGGACUUUGCCCAGAAGGAGUACGUGCAAAUGCUGAAGCAGCGCGAAACGAAACACCAGGACGAGCUGACCAAGUUGCAGAAGCAUUUCGAGUCGGACUUUGCCAUCUGGAAGCGGGAACACGAGCGAAAGUCGAAGGGCGAGCUGGAGGAGCGUGAAAACGCUAUCCGGGGCCAGUGCCGGGACGAGCGCAACCAGCAGAUCGAUCUGAUCGUGGCGAAAGUGACGGCGGAAACCCAAAAACAGGAGCAAGAGUUUGACACUAGAAUGAGCCGGCUGAAGGAGAAACACGAAGCGGAACAGAAAGAGGCGGAAGCUGCCGAAGCGUUGCUGAAGCAAAAGUAUCAGGACUCGCGGGUGAAGCUAGCCGAGGCGGAAGCGACGAUUCAGAACAUGAAGGCAUCGGCCAAGCAAACCGAUCUCCAGCUGAGCCACGCCAAGAAGCUGUGCGACGAUCUGCUGCGCGAGAAGGAAACGAUGCGCGACGAAGCGCGCCGUGAGGUGCAGAAGGACAUGAGCAAUAUGCAGCGCGACAGGGAGCGUGAAAUCGAACGAAUUUACUGCAGAGUUCAGCAAGCGAUCGACAAGAAGGAUGCCACCAUAUCGGCGCUCCAGAAGGAGAUCGCUGGGCUGAAGGAACGAUGCCUGAAGCAGGACGCCAUCAUUCGCCAGCAGCGCAUAGACUAUUGUAUAAAGUAG